CAUUUUUAAUGUUAAUAGGAACAAAUGCUUAAUGUAGUACUGUGAUGAAUCUGUAUAAUAUGUAGGUUUCACUUACGCCUACACAUUAGGUAUUAUGUGUAGGUAUAAGAUAAUGGCGGACUCUUCUUUUAUGGGUUAGGGUAAUUUACUGUAAACCGAUUACAGUAAAUUACAGAGAGAAUUUACUGUAAUGGGUUCAAUUUUUGAUCAGACUUAUUUAGAAUCGGCUGGGCUUAAUAUUCAUAAAAUAUUAGCAGUAAAUCCGAUUAAAAAUUUUUUUUUUACAUUAAUGAAACCUUGAAAUCCUACAUUAAAGGGUUGAACUUGAUUAAUAUUUUCAAUAUUACAAACCGACGAAGUCUUCAAGCUAGCGCAUACUGCCACCUAGUGUUGGCGCGGUAUAAAACAUUCAGAACAUUGGCAAAAAGAAAAUAAAAAAAUUAUGUUUAGCUAAAUUGUGCUAACCUGUUACACUUUUCAAAAUGGUAAACACAAAUGUGCGCCACACUUUUUAGAGGUUUAUCGCAAAUAGAAAAAUCCGUAUCAUUUUCCAUCUACUUAUUUUGCCCUACUUUGCAUUGAUCUGACAUAAAAUCUCAUACUACACUGUGGCACGUUGUUUGUAAUGUCACUAAAUAUAUAAUAAAAUAAAAUAAUAAAAAAUGCGUCAAACAGAUAGUAAAAACAGACAUAGUUUUAAGCUGUUUUUCAACAAUAUUGACGAUUCGUUUUAUUUUAUUGUGAAAAUCAACCCUCAAACCGGAAGCGCUUCCGUUCUUGUAAUUAACCAACAAAAAGCUAUAAAAUUUAUUUACAAAUUUUAACCCACAAAGCGGAAGGUAUCCCAACAAAACAUAUACCCCGAAUAAGGACACCUAAAGGCAACUUAAUCCUCUCCAGCUCCGUUCGUUGGUUUGUUAUUAAGCCGUAAUGGCCGCCAACCCUCCCGGACAGGGCUUCCAGAACAAAACCCGAGUGGCCAUCCUGGCGGAACUGGACAAGGAGAAGCGGCGGCUGAUGCAGGGCCAGUCCAUGAACAGCCCCGGAGCCAACAUCCCGCUCUCGGGCCGGGGCAGCCUGAAGGAGGCGAGGGACAGCGCGGAGCAGCAGCACAUCGCCGCCCAGCAGAAGGCCGCCCUGCAGCACGCUCACGUCCACUCCUCCGGCUUCUUCAUCACCCAGGACUCCUCGUUCGGGAACCUCAUCCUCCCGGUGCUUCCCCGCCUGGAGCCCGACCUCUGACUGAGCAGCACGGCUGAUCCUGGUGCUCCGACUUGAACUCACUAAAAAGCGGAGCUUGUUGGCUGUGAACUGAAGAGUGGCACCACGGUGUUUUCUUGGUCACUUUUUUUUUUUUAAAUUAUGAGAUAGAAACGUAAGAAAGUUAUUUCUGGUUCAGAAUGUCGUUCAUAAGCUUAAAGUAUGAAACCUUCAGUUAAAGAGUUACAUAUCUAUGUCACGUUUACUUUCUGUUUUCAUUGCAAGUAGAAGACUAGCAGCACAUUUUGUGAGUAAGCUGUUGGACCACAAACAGUGUUUACAGUUUACGGCCAGAGUUAUGGCUCUCUGCCAGGGUGCCCUUCAGUCAGAGGGCGUAUGAACACUUGAAGGAGAAAAAGUGGUCCAACAGAUGAAUCUCUAAAGACUAUUGUUUUUUUGUCCGUUCUAGUUCAUGUAGAUUAGAUGCCCUCCACCUGCCUUAUGUUGUGCAGUGUAUGCACUAUAAGGACAAAAUGGCUACAAUAUUUUUUUUUUCCUUUUUUAGUCAACAUCUAUCUACCCAUCUGUCUGUAACGCAGCUGAUUGUUCUGUUUCAUACUAUGUAACAUACAUUAGUCAGUACUACUCUGUACGUCACGUUUAUGUUUUGUUUGUUGCCAUUACAGGUUUUCAUCGUUGUAAUUUUCAUUCAAGUGUGUUUAAUUAUCCAUUUCUUUAUUUCUGCCUUUGUACUGUGUACAGAAAUGCGACGUGCAGCUAAAAGAUGUGUUUAUUUCCCUAAAAUUAUUAUUUUUUUUUUCCCCCCUCUGUUUUGAAAGCAGCGUAUACGUUCUAAGAUCUGAACGUCAAUGUUCUGGACUUUAAGCUGCCACCUCUAAAGUGUAUAAAGGAUUUUUCUAAGUCAACAAAAAUAUGAAUUAUUUUUUUUCUGUAAUUGAUUCAUUGUGAUUUUAAAGAUAUUUUUCUCACUUUUUAAGUCUUGAAUUGCAGGCAGUUAGGUUGAGGCUGAGCCAAGGUUUUGGGAUCAGAGGAUGGGGGUUCUGAAUAUUAAGUCAUAUUUUUGAGGUACAAGACAGGACAAUAGUUUUUAAAUAUUUGUUCAGGCCAGCAAAAAAAAAAUUGCAGACCCCACACAUUCUGAUCACAAACUGUUUAAACUUUUACCAUCAGGUUGACUCUAUUAUGGAGGGAUAUUUGCAAAAGAAAAAA